AUAUGUGACUGCUGCUCCCAUAAUAGUGUAUGUAUAUACAUACGACUUGUAUUACAUUCUCAUAUCCAGCAAAUAAAACCUGUGCUGAUCAAGUUGUGAAGAGAAAGUAAUUUCUAGGUCAGUUCUAAGAUUUAAAGCCUAAAAUUUGGUCAUUUUAAGCUCUAAGUAAAAUGCCAAAUAAGAAGACUGGCCAAAGAAAGAAGGCAGAGAAGCAAAAACUCCGGCAGAAAGAAAUUAGAAGCAGGGAAUCCUCUUUAGCUGAUGUACCAUGUAAUGCACCUAUGGAAUGUGACAAAUGCGAAAGAAAACAAAAAUCUCGAGCAUUCUGCUACUUUUGUCAAAGUGUUCAGCGACUUCCACUGUGCGCUCAAUGUGGUAAAAUAAAAUGUAUGCUUAAGACUGGAGAUUGUGUAGUAAAGCAUGCUGGAGUUUUUACGACUGGUCUUGGAAUGGUUGGUGCGAUAUGUGAUUUUUGUGAAGCUUGGGUUUGUCAUGGGCGGAAGUGUCUCCAAACUCAUGCCUGCACUUGCCCUCUUCAGAACGCAGUAUGCAUUGAAUGUGAACGGGGAGUAUGGGAACACGGAGGUCGAAUAUUCAAGUGUUCCUUUUGUAAUGGUUUUCUAUGCGAAGAUGAUCAGUUUGAACAUCAAGCCAGUUGUCAAGUCUUAGAAUCAGAAAAUUACAAGUGCCAAUCUUGUAAUCGAUUAGGACAAUAUUCUUGCUUGCGCUGUAAGACAUGUUAUUGUGAAGAUCAUGUAAGGAGGAAAGGAUUUAAAUAUGAAAAGAAUAAAGCUAUACCAUGCCCAAAAUGCAACUAUGAAACUUCUAUUACGAAAGAUAUGAGCAUGUCAACGAGAAGCCACAAAUUUGGCCGUCAACAGCAAACAGCUGGAGAAGAUGAUGAUUAUGAUUAUGACGGUGGUUAUAGUGGAGGUUAUAGUGGCUAUGGUGCCAGCAAUUUUUCUGGAAAUGAUUUUGAUGAAAAUUAUAAUUAUGAGGAUGAAGAUGAUGAUGAUGAUGAUGAUGAGGAUUAUGAUGAAGACGAUGAUGAUGAUAACGAAGAAGGCAAUGAAUCUCCUGCUGAGGAAAAGGAUAAUAAAAAAGAUACAUAUUCAAAAUAAUUAAUUUUAUUAAAACAAAUUUAUUAUAUAAUUAUUGUUAUCGGUUUCGACAAUAAAAGUUUUUAGUGAAAUUAUAA